UUGAUUCACAUUGGUAAACAGCACUCGCUCUCGUGUUUAAAUAAAACCCUGGUGUUAGUUGAUAAAUAAUGAUAACGAGAGUCGAGUAGUUGAAUUAGUCGUUGGAAACCCACCGGGAAUCGUAAUGUCGGCUUCUAAUUGGAAUCGGUUGUUUACGGAGAUUUUAAAAAUUCGUGGUGUUGUGUUACUGUGGAUAAUCCGGGUGUUCUAGUUCUGUUGCGCUGAAGAUGGAUUGUCAAGUAGAAACGUGGAUGUUUUGGAAUUGCGUUUCAGUGGAUUUUGGUCCCGCCAGGGUGAGGACCCAACACCCUGGAUAUUCGGCAGGGUAGACGAAGCGUUAUUCUCACCACGCAAAGAAUUCGACAAAUUUCAUUCAUCCAGAGCAAACGUUGUAUAUUUUCAAGAAAUUAUCGGCACCACCGGUAUAAUGCAAGACGAAGAUUUACGCAAAGUUCUCGAAGAAAAAGCUAAGCGGCACCGCGAUUAUUACGAAUCUUUACUAGGAAACGAUAAAUCGAAACACGUUACUUCUGCUACCAAUCAAGAGAUGGCGAAUACUGUUACGCAGCGUGAUGACAUUACAAGCGAUGGCGAUGGUGUGAAUUCUUCUGUUACCGAUGAUGAAUCUAAGACAGGUAAUCAAGGGUCGCUUGAACGAAAAUAUAGGCAAAGACGACGGGGUGUCUAUGAACUAACAGGCACCGUGGAUGAUUCUUUCACACGAUUCCAAAGUGUGAAGCAACUUCGAGAAAAUUACAUGGCGAUGCUGGAAAAGACGUACAAACAGUUAUCAGUAGAUGAUAAGCAAACCGAUUCCGUGGAAAAAGAAAAAUCAGAACUGCUCGUACCACCUUCUAGUGGGUACUGCAGCUCGUCGGCUUCUGGAGCUAGUGAUGACGAAAGGGAGAAGAAUUGGGUUCAGAAAAAAAUACCUGUAAGAAGGAGUGCAAGUUCGGAUUCAGCUGUGCACAGUGAUGAAGAGGGACCUAUUGUUUUCAACUGGGGUGACAAAAAAGAAGAAGACGUGAGUAUUGAAGUUUUUCGAAGGAGUCCCUACAGCCCACGAUCGUCCAUCGACCAUUCCAAUGUGCCCAGCAGGAUGAUCAUCCCAGCUCAGUUUGUACCUCUACCCAUCAAUAGGAAGUUCAGUGUGGAUUGUGUGAGUGUCGUGCAUUCAGACGAUGUUAGUGACAGUCGGAGACAAAGUUGUUUCAGUGAAGGUGAUGAACAACCCCGGUAUCGGUUUUGGAGAACCCCCUCCAUCGUUGUAAGUGACUAUUCGGACGACAUCUUGGGCCUCACCUUAGAGGAUAUUGAAUAUAUUCGCAGUAAGAGAAAUUCUAUUUCUCCGGAUUCGAGUUUACACAGUUCCUGCAGUAAUUUGAACUAUUGUGGUUCUUCCAUUAGCGGACUUGAAGGGGAUUUUGUUUUGAGCAAGCCUUACAGAAAAUCUUCGAAUUGUUCGACUUGUUCUACUUUGAGCGACGAGGAUGAAACAGGCCAGGAAGUGAAUUUGCAUCCACUGAGAAAAGAGAAAAUACCCUGUACCCUAAUCGGUCACCUUCAAGAUCGCCGUCCCCAUCAUCCGAUACUUCGCCUAGAUUGGGAAGACGAGGCAGCAGUUUCAGAAGGAGUACUAGCCCAUCAAGUCCUGUUUUCGGAUCUAGAAGAGGUUCGGCCAGCGGGUAUGAGCAGUAUCAAAGGAGUUUGUUGGAGGUUCCCAUUUGCAUCGAUUAUGGGGAUCCAUCUAGUGACGAUUUGAGUUCUGAAUGGGAUUCGGACGCUCCCGAAUCACGAAAAGAAACAUCUUCGAAGGUAUACCAGAAUUA